UAGGUUGUCCGAAAACUGAUUCACCUCAAUCUUCAACCUUCUCUCUCUGUGGUGCUUGUAGUUGCAAUAGAUCUCUGUUGUUCUCUUCGACGAGAGUUUAGUUUUGAUGGAGAAAAUUGGAGACUUCAUCGAAUUUCUUGGACCUGACAUAUCCAGCAAGAUACUCAUGUGUUUGGAUGACCCAUCUGAUCUUGUUCGUGCUACUGCAGUUUCAAGAUCCUGGCAAAGAUUUGUUGUUGAAAAUGGUUUAGCAAAGAAUCUUUGUGUUACACUAUUUCCCGACUUAUCGAGUUUUAUCAAGUCAAUCCAAGUUAAGAAUAUUAUAGAACCAGUUGAAGAGAUGCUGUGUAAUACUCUGGGUUGGGAAUAUCUGAAUCGAAAUCACAGAGUCUAUGCUUGUAUGGCUCAUGGUCUUGAACGAUCCUCAGAUAAAAGUUGUAUCUCACAAGCAAUUGUUGCUUCCAGCACUGAUAAUUACCCAGACGAAACCAUUGAGAAUACAUUGGAGCCGAGCGAUAGGGUUGACCGUAGAGCAUCAUAUUGGUCGAGUGAAGGUGAAGAUGAUCCUACUGUUCCUGAGGCAUUGGUUUAUAAGUUGGCUGCAAAUUUGUGUAUUAUCUCUGAAAUCUAUGUCCAACCAUUUCAAGCAUAUUUUCAGUAUGGCUUCCCUGUAUAUUCGGCAAAAUCAGUUCGGUUUAAGAUGGGACAUCCAAAGAGCUCCAGGGAAAUGGAUGUUCUGAUGAGAGGAGAAUAUUGGGUUGGGAACUAUACAAACGAUAACUUUGUGUGGACUUACACUUCGCCAGAAUUUCCAAUGAUACAGGAGAAUAGUCUUCAAAAAUUCAGUCUACCCGAGCCUGUUCUCUGUAUUGGUGGAGUUUUGCAAAUCGAGCUUUUGGGUAGAGUUCAGAGACAGGAGAUGGAUGGUUUAUACUACAUAUGCAUUUCUCAUGUUAAAGCUGUUGGGAGGAUGCUCUCCCCCUCUUUUGAGGUUAAUGUAAUGGAUCUAUCUGGGCGGUGUACAUUGGAGUACUGCCCACCACUAGAUCAGAAUUUGUCUGAAUCCCAGUUUAAAGAUGCUGAUUCAAGUGAGCCAAGCAAUUUCAGAGGUUAAUUUAACUGUAAUUUUAUAUAUACCAUCGUUAAAUAUCGCCGCUAAUAACACAUCUUUUACUAGUGAGAUGAUGAAUCCCGAUUCAUGAUUAUCAUCUAAUUAUUGUCCAUUAAUUGUUUUUGUCAUAAAUGAUGACAUGCCUUC